AUGUCUCACCUCAUCGCCUCCUCUUUCGUUGGUUCGUGGGCAAGGCCUGUGCACAUCCCUGUCGAGGAGAACUUCGACAAGCUGCUCGAGAAGCUCUAUGCCAGCCAUGUGGCCGAGAUCCAGGAUCUACGCCACCAGAUGGAUCUACUCCGUGCCGAGCGCCGCAGCGGUGGUGGGUCUGCUUCCCUCAACGCUUCGACCCCAGCCGAUGGCUACGACCUCAACGAGAGCGUCGAGGAUGAAGAUGCCAUUGAAGAGGGUGAUGCCAACUUCGCCGGUGAAGACAUCGACUACUCUGCCAUCGGAGCAUCGCAGUCUACCGCAAAGCACUGGAAGCUAGGAAAGAAGCGUGCACACAGUAAAAAGUCUGCGCGGCGCUCGAACUCGUUGCAGUGGGAGGGUAAAGUUCGCCCCUAUUUGCAGAAGAUUGUCGAGCACCCCGUCACAGACCUCUGUAUGAGCGUCCUCAUCCUUUGCAAUGCCUUGGUCUUUGCCUUCGAAGCACAGUAUCGCGGGCUGAAGCUUUCGGAAGCUUUGGGCUUUAGCGACGAGCCGAUGAACGACCUCUGGCCGGGAGCUGUGGACGUCUUCUAUGCUCUGGAAAUGACUUUUGGAAUCAUCUUUACAGUGGAAGUUUCCUUUCGAUUCUUCGCGCAUGGCGUCUCAUUCUUUUGGGAGGCAUGGAAUGUUCUCGAUUUCUUUGUCAUCAGCGUCUGGCUGUUGGAAAAGCUGGUGACCAACUUGCCAGUGAACAGCCAGAUCUUGCGGCUCGGCCGCAUCUUCCGCCUGCUUCGGCUCCUGAGGUUGGUGCGAAAGAUCCAGGAGUUCGAUGCACUCUUCCUGAUGACCACUGCCAUCCGCAGCAGCGUGUCGGUGCUUGGGUGGACCAUGGCCCUGCUCCUCAUUUGUCAACUUCUCCUGGCCUUGGUCGUGCAGCAAACUUUGUUCGGCUUCUUCUUCGACCCCGAGGCGGCAGACCAAGAGGUGCAGCUGCGCGUGUAUGAAUACUUCGGAAGUUUCAGCCGCUCACUUCUUUCUCUCUUCGAGUUGACCUUCGCCAACUUUGCUCCGAUCUGCCGCCUCCUUGUUGAAGAUGUCAGCGAAUGGUGGCUCGUGGGCUGCCUGAUCCAUAAGCUUACCAUGGGCUUUGCCGUGAUCGGUGUCAUCAACGCGGUCCUCAUGCAGGAAACUUUCAAGGUGGCCUACUUGGAUGACACCGUGAUGGUUCGAGAGAAGGUGAAAGCGAUGCGACAUCACGUCGCCAAGAUGUCGGAGCUCUUCCAUGGUGCAGAUACCUCUAGGGACGGAAAGCUCGAUCUCGAGGAGUUUGAGCGGAUCAUGACGAACCAGGAAAUCAAGAUGUGGCUGGCCGCAAUGGAGCUGGAUGUGAGCAACGUCGAGGAGUUGUUCAAGAUGCUGAACACCAAUGGCGACGGCCGUUUAUCUGCCACGGAGCUUGUGCAAGGCGUCUCGCAGCUUAGUGGCACCAGCAAGGCGCAGGAUGUGAGGAAGAUCCUGAAGACCGUGGAGGGCAUGGAGAAGCAGCUGAAGAGCCUCACCACGAGCACGCAUCCGCUUCGCCGGCUUCCCACCGACCGAUUGGACCGGAUGCAAAGCACAAUGACCGGUUUCUCCGACGCCGACGCAGAUGAGGAAGGAGUAGUUCGAUUCAUGUUCUGA